AUGGCUAAGUUUAAAUUGAAAAAGCCAUCUAAGAGACAGCCUGCUCGCCUUCGAUAUAAGAUUGAGAAAAAAGUUAGAGAACAUAAUAGAAAAAUAAAGAAAGAAGCAAAAAAGAAUCCUAAAUCUAAAAAAACCAAACCCAUUCAAAUACCCAAUGUUUGCCCUUUUAAAGAAGAUAUAUUGAAAGAAGUUGAAGCAGUUAAAAAACAUAAAGAAGAAGAAAGACAGAAGAAAAGAGAACAAGCAAAAUUAGAUAAACAAAAGAAAUUAGAAGAGAAAGCUGAUAAACCAUCUGUUAGUAUGGAUACUUUGGUAAAAAAUGCACAGGCAAGAGGUAAAGUUCAUGAAGCAUUCAAAGAUAAUGAGAGUCAAAGUGAUGAAAUUAAGUUUGGUAAAGAUAGACAGCAAGAAAACUCACUGAAGGCUUAUUAUAAAGAAUUCAAAAAAGUAAUUUCAGAAGCUGAAGUUAUAUUGGAAAUUGUAGAUGCCAGAGAUCCAUUAGGCACAAGAUGCGUCCAAGUAGAAGAGGCAGUUAGAGAAUCUGGAAAAAAGCUAGUUCUUGUCUUAAACAAGGCUGAUUUAGUUCCUCGUGACAAUUUAACAGCCUGGCUUAAGUAUCUUCGUAGAUCAGCCCCAGCUGUUCCAUUUAAGGCUUCCACACAGGACCAGCAGCAUAACCUUGGGAGGCGGAAGAUGAAGCAUAUUGUUAAAGAAAAAGAAAUGAAAGGUUCAGCAUGUGUAGGAGCAGAACUUUUAAUGAGUCUUCUCGGGAACUAUUGCCGUAAUCAAGGCAUAAAAACAGCUAUAACUGUGGGUGUAGUAGGGUUACCCAAUGUAGGAAAAAGUUCUAUAAUCAAUAGUUUGAAUAGAUCUAAGGCCUGUAACGUUGGUAGUACUCCUGGUGUUACUAAACAGAUGCAAACAGUUCAACUAGACUCCAAGAUUAAAAUCUUGGACAGUCCUGGCAUAGUUUUUCACUCAGGGUCUGGCAAUGAUGCCUCUGUAGCCCUCAAAAAUGCUUUACGAGUUGGCAGCUUGAAAGACCCAGUGACUCCAGCCACCGCCAUUUUGAAAAGAGCUCACAAACAUACUUUAGUGUCAUUGUAUUGUAUACCCGAGUUUAAUACUCCUCAAGAAUUCUUCGCAAGUGUCGCAUCUCGUAUGGGCAGGUUUAAGAAAGGCGGUGUUCCGGACCAGGAGGCUGCCGCAAGAAUAUUACUUAACGACUGGAAUACUGGGAAGGUUCGCUACUACACUGAGCCUCCAGAAAUAUCAGAGGAAAAAGUACACCUGGACGCGAAAAUCGUAUCGGGUUGGGCCCCGGAUUUCGAUAUCAACGCCUUCGAGGCGAUGGAAGCUGAAACCAUCGAUACGUUAGGGAUCAACGACGCAGACGAUGCCAUUAAGAUUACAAGCACAGGUCCAGUUGAAGUGGCUGAUGACAUGCAAGUUGAUGAAGAUGAGUCUAACCUUCUACCUAAAACGUUAAAUAUUGCACCAAAAAUGACAAAAACAAGUAAAAAAGUCGAUGUAGAUAUUAGUACUACAUUAGAUGGCAACACUAAGCAGAAUAAAAUGAGGAAAAUGCAAUUUAAAAAGGAUAAGAAAAAACGUGCCAGAGAUGAUAAAAAAGCCAUUGAAUUAUCAAAUUUAAUGGAUCAAGCUAUUGUUACAAGUGUUAAAAAA